AUGGAAUUGCCCCAAAGGAUCCAGGCGGCUGCCAGGAAAGAAAACAUACCCCCGGCUUUAAGUUGCUAUGGGGCCCCAAAAGAGGAAAGAAGGAUCCAGAAGAACAUCAACGCUCAUCUGCUCCUGUCCUCUGGAAGCCAUCUUGGAGAGCUCUGGACCCAGACAGGUUCCAGCAUCCAUAGGUCAAGUCAUCUGGGAGAAAAUGUCGGAAGAGAUUUACGAGUCCCGUCGGGAAGGAAGGAGACCAGUGGCCUGUUUCAGACCAAUCUCUUUUGCCCUCCUGUAGGUCUCGCCAAAACCUCCUUGGUCCAACAGCAAACCAACCUUGAGUUCAACCUGCAGAGCAGAAGAUGGGCAGGUGGGACGUUAAAAAGGACCCCUCUGAGGGGCUUCCCAGAGAGACCCCGCAACAUUCCCAGGAAUUCAUCCAGAAUGAAAAAUAGAGAAGGGGAGGACAACAUGAAAGGACAACAUGAGCUCUUCACUGGGUCAAGAAGAAGCUAUGAGGACCUCAAGGCCAGGAGAGAGUGCUCCUCACCUGGCCAGUUUUCACCGGAUCCAUCUCUUCAUUCCUCACCCAGUGGUUGUCCUCUUCCGAUGACCUUCAGUGGGAUCAGUGACUCCUCACCUCCAGGACCGGCCCUUACUUUGGACAGUCUGGUUGAUGGUCAUUCUUCUCCUGAGGAACCUCAGACUCCCAUAAGGUCUUCUCAAAACUCUGCUGAUCGGUGCUGGUCCCUCCAGGGGCUUAAGAAGGAAAGGCCUUCCUUCUCUUGGGAAUCCCGGUCACCUUCUUGGGUUCCUCAACCAGCACGCGAGCCACAGAUCUCAACCUUGGCUGUGCGAAAGGUCCGGUCUUCAGUGGAAGGCAGCUUCUCUGGACAAGUGAGAAGUAAAUGGGGGACAAUGCUUAGUUCCACCUUGUUGACAUGUCAAGAAGAUGACUCCAGUUGUCUCAGGAGCAGCUCAGGAACACCACCGUCUACAAACAAAAAGGCUACCUUGAAUGAGUCGAGGGACCAGGGCUACCUGAAGACACUUGACCUAGAAGAACAUCGUUCUGGAACCUUCUGUGGCUCUGAGUUGUAUCUCAAGAAGCUUCUGCCGGAUAUCUUCUUCCUCAAGAAUUUGGAGAGUUCCCUCAAGAUGUGUGUAGAGUCUUCUCCUAACAGAAGGUUGUCCGUGGAGGACACCCAUGAAGAGAAGCCACCAACUCUUGAUCCUUCUGGAGUCCCAGAGGUCCUGUUCAGUCACCCCUUGGAGAAGAACGUUGGGGACUUUGUCGCCCAUGAAGUUGGAGAUAAGCAUGGAGAAGCUGGUGGAGACCCCACCAUCACCUCCACUGCUGAUGAGGCCAGUCUGUUCACUGCCCUUCAGAAGGUCCGUCUCUUUGAGGAAACCAUCUGGAAGGGUCCCAGAAAAAGAUCCCAGCUGGUCAACAUCCCUGUCUGGCCAUGGCGCCAUCAGAAAGACGGGGUUCCCCUCCAAGGACAUUUUGUCCCGCAGGAAACUAAGAAAUUGGGCGAUAUUUUCAAAAGAUGGCGUUCCCUCUGGGAGAAAAGGCAGCAGAUCUGUCUGCUGACAUUUCGAAUCCAGACCAGGCUGAUCGGACGGUGCUUCAAAGCCUGGCAGAGUUUGGCCCAACGCAAACAGCACAGCCAGGCAGCCGUGGCGCACCUGCGGGCCCGAUCCUUGAGGGCGUCUUUCCGGCAGUGGGGCCUAAUGGUUCAAGCCAGGAAGAACGCCAAGAUGGCGGUGAUUGAGCUGCUGGGGACCAAGCGGCUGAGCUCCCGCGGGCCCCGGAGGGCCCCCGACAGAAGAACGUGGCCCCCAAAGUACGUCGGAAAUACUUUGGAUUCUCUUUUCCACCUGAGGGCGUUGCAGGAAGCAUUCCUGGCUUGGGAGGCGAGAUGCCAGGAAGCGCAACAGGCUGGGGCUUUCCGUCAUGGUUUGACCCUGCGACAGCUGCGGGAGGCUCUUGGGCAAUGGCACCGGAGGACCCGCAGUCUGAAUCCUCUCGGGCUCAUUGAGGGCUCUCUCCUUGCGUCGGCGGAUUUGCAAGCGUCUUCCUCCUCCUCUGCCUUGACUACCGCCAGUCAGGAGAUCCAACUGGUAGAGCCCAGCCUCAUCGGCCUAACUUACUUGGGGACUUUUGAAGAACCCAGUGGCCUUCCUGCUCCCGCCUCUCGCUGCCCGAACUGCAGUUUUGACCGUGAAAAUCCUACCCAUGUCGCUAAUCGGGCCUCUCCUCUUCGGCUGAAUUGGCAGGCAGCGAGCAAAUAUGGAAGGCUGUGGAAACGCAAAGUCCAGCUGCGUCACUUCCAGGGCGUGCGGGACGCGCGUCAGCUGGCAGAGGCCUGGCUGCUUUGGAAAGACGCCUGCAGAACCGAGGUGGUGAUACAAACAUUG